GUGCCAGGGGAUGGAGUGGACAUUGGUUACCGGAUCAGCAGCAGCUGGUCUUAGGUGCUAUUUUCACUCUGCAUAAAGUGAUGGGCAGCCACUGCCUGCCAUGGUAUACAUUCACUCCAAACUGACCCAAGGUACAAAAUGAAGUCCAGAGGGAGCGAGAAAGGAGGCCACCCGGACAGCUAUGCCUCUGAUCUGGAUGAACUUGAAAGCGGCAAUGAAAGCUCUGACAAGUCCAUCAGUGGCUGCAGUCAGCUUGAUGGCAAAAGCAAGCGGAAAAGGAAGAGCAGCCAGGCAGGGAUCAGUAAGCAGCGACAGACAGCGAACGCACGGGAGAGAGACAGGACUCACAGUGUGAACACUGCCUUCACAGCGCUUCGGACUCUUAUCCCAACAGAGCCUGCAGAUCGCAAACUCUCCAAGAUAGAGACCUUGCGCCUGGCUUCAAGAUACAUCUCUCAUUUAGCAAAUAUCCUCCUCUUAGGAGAAGACUGCCUGGAUGGACAGCCCUGUUUAAAAUAUCAAGCCAUUCUCAAUGGCACCAUUAUAAGCACCCCGGCACCCAGACCAAUAUGCACUUUCUGUCUCAGCAACCAAAGAAAAAUGCUCAGAGAUGAGGAAAAGCAAUCUUCUGUUUGAUGUAAAAACAAUGAAGUUUCAGAUGGCAAGCAUGUUCUACUGUGCUGAGUACUGUAUGGAAGUGUUGUUUUGGUUUGUUGCUAUUUUUUAUGUGUGUGUGUGUGUGUGUUUUUAAAAAUUAUUUAAAGUUUAAUGUUUACAUUUGAAACUAUGGAUUACUGUAUUAUUUUUAUUUUUUUUUUUAAUCAUCGAAGGAUACUGUGUUGUACUUUUUGUUUACAAUGUGACACUUUUAUUCAGGUUGUUUUGUUAAUGAAACUUAACACUGUGGGUGAAGCAGCACCUGGCAUGGCGGCUAUUUUAAAACUAGAAAUGCUAAACCUCAGCUUCUCAGUCCUAAAGAAAAUCUUGCCUCUCCAGCCCGGUGUCACAUGAUGUAACCCAAGCCGAGACGCACAGUGGUUCCUGUCAGUAGAGUGUCCUCUCGCUGUGUUCUAAUCCUGUGCCAGCUGGGGAUCAGCAGUAAAAUGUCCUGAUAGAAAAUGUAUCUAAAAAUGUCUGGGAAAAGAUGUGGCACACAGAGCAACACAGAGUCCUAAUAUCUGCAGCACAGGAAAUUAAUUUAUAGUCGCAUCCUUAACCUUUCACUAGGCCUUGUCAUGAAACAGUACAAGGGGGUCUCAGCAAUAUUUUCAAAGGAACAGAAAUACUAUUUCAACCUAUCAUUCAUAUUUGAAUUAAUAUAAUACGUGAUGGACAUUUUAAAUCUCGAGCCUGCAGGACAGUUCAUCAUAAAUGUAAAUGUUGAUUUUAUAUUGAAGGAAAUAUUGCAGAGAUCCAUGUGCAAUAUAAUUCUUGACCUUCAGCAAUGGAAUACCUAUGUGGGCAUAUUAGAAAGACAAAUAGCCUAAUGUCAGUGUAGCACCUCUAAAUGGAUAUUGCAGUAAUUUUGAUCUUGACUGCCAUUCAGUAGCUCUUGGUCUGUUACCUGCAAUCGUCCAUAUUAGAUGCUAGGCUUGUACUGAUUAAGACACAGGUGAAAUAACUAAUUGCAUUCAAUGUUGGGCAAAGCAACAGGUUUUUGGCAUACUGAGUAAGUUCUACUAAAUGCAGCACAAACAUUUCAUUUUAGCUGUUUCAACACUGUAGGAUUGCUAACUUAGAAGGCCAAUAAUUACGUGUGUAGGCUACUUACUGAUAUGAUUCACUAUUAGUUUAUAUCAAACACUGCUUAAUAUACCUUUUAAAAUACACCUGUUUGGUUUCUAACGUCAGUUGGUUCCAGUCAUUAACAAUUGGCCCAAUGGCAAUUAGAUGAGUGGCACUCAAUAGUUUAACUGGUUUUUGUGAGACACCAUGAGAAUGGUACAUUAUUAAGGUUUUCUUCAUACAAACAUUGAUUAAAAUAUGUUACUACUAAGUAGCUGCAAUACUGUAACAUGGUAUUUACAAAAAAGGAGUUACCAAAGUGUUAUAAGCAUCAAACUAUAGUGCUGACAUCAGGUCACUUGGCAUGGGUAUAUCCACACAGACUAUAGCUUGUCUAGUUGAAUUUUGGCACAAGCAAGCCAUGGGAAACACAUUAAGUCCAUAGUGUGUGCCAGUAACACAGUUGAGCACUUUAUGUCACUAGAUAAGCCAUAGGCUAAGGCUUAAAUCCUGUGUUCAAUUAUCUACGGCAUUUCCCCCUUCAUUCAUUCCCAGGCCCCAUUCUGCAGCAUUAUCUCUAAUACAAGACAACCCGACUUAAAGGCUAUAUUCAAUUCCUACACUCUUCAAUAACAUAUGGUGUAUCACAGAGAGCAAUAAUCCCCCAAAACAGUGCUGCUAGGGAGGUGAUAAAAGCCUAAUUCAGUUUACCAGAAGGAUAACACAAUAUUGUUACUUGCUUACCUCAGUGAACAGUCCUGAAUGUAUUGUAAAUGUAAUGAAAUAUGUUUCUUUAUUUAAAUUCUAAUGUCACUGUGUUUACCUCUAGGUAUUUCUUUUUUAUUAUAUAUAUUUUUUUUGUGCAGAUUUUGUAACCAUACUGUACUUGAAUGAAUCAGGACUGUUGCCAUGUUCUUUGCACACUGCAUGGUAUACUGUAUGUUUGUGCUGCUAUAGGAUGAUCACAAGUAUUUUUGUAUAAUGUAUAGAAAUUGUAGAUUGUCUAAAGUUGUAGUUAUUUUUGGUAUUAUAAACAAA